GAGUCUGCAAUUAGCGAGUGCCAGUUAAAAGGACUGAUCUUUGGCGUCUAGGUCUGCCGCCUUAGAGAAAAUCUCAUUGCAGACCGCUAAGGACCCCGCACUUUGUGAUACUUCAAGUGGCCGCUAACAACCUAUUCUAACUUUAACGCAAAAACAUCAAAAAGCUUUGAUACAUUAAUAGUGACGAUGAUCGGGGAAAUGUGAGGCAUUUUUAAAGAGGGAGCCCGUCGAAACAGUUAAUAAAUGAACAAAUGUACGUUGUACGGUUUCGUCGCGAACUGUGGUUUAAUAUCGACAUAAAGAGAAACCGGAUGGGGUUUAGGCAAGAGCGCGUCUUGAAUCACUCGAUCACGUCUUAAAACGCGGUAAACCAGCCUAUACGAGAGCAUAGUCGCAUUGGUGAAGCUUUUGCGUCCGUUGUCGGAGCAGCGCCUCAAUGCACCUGCGAAUAGAGUGGUUCUUCUCAUAGUAAAGGCGCAAAAAAGAGGACCCGGUAUAACACGUUUGCGUCACUUCCCUGCCCGAACCCGAUACAUAAACAAGGCAGCGGCGCAUGCCUAAUCAAAUCAGCCAUCUAUCUGACGAGUCGAUUCAAGUACAAUGCAAUUUACACUGCAGAGGAGUCCCAUAACCAUAUUAAGGGGCCAGUAAUUAAUAAUGCAUGCUUAGUUGAACAAUUGCUUAAUUUAUUUAAAAUUCUUUGAAGCCUGUGAGGCGGAGUGUUUGUAAAGAAUGGGGGCACAGCUGUGCCGGCUCUGAUUCCAUUUUCUGUGUGCAUGCUAUGGGUAAUGACCUUUAAGAGUCCUCGACACCCGAGCUGAAGCCGAAAAACGACUAAAACGUUGCCCGCGAAACUCUCGCCCUCAAACCAGCCCUAGCCAAGCUCAGGGAAAUAACCAACGCAGAACAUCAUCGCUUUCGUGCCUAUUUACACCGAACGGACCCUAACGCCAUACCAAUGCUAGCAGGCAAAAUGUCUCGAGGGAUCCCAGAUCUAGACAAACUUCCCCCGGGCUGCAAAUACCUCGAUUGUAACGAGGCCAGAGACGUGCUGAAGAAUCUGCCUACAUGGCGUUUACCGAAUGGGUCGGUGUUGGCGCCUUUCGGAGGAGAACUGUACCAAGUCGUCGAGCUUCCUAUGGGAUGCGGUGAACAUUGCAAAAGUGCACAGCCUAAAACAGAAACUCCAGUACCAAGUGUGAUAUCAGAAAAUAUCAGACUCAUCAACAACCAAUGGCUGCGAUUCCGGCAAAGUCACAGGGAAGAAUACAGCAGAUAUUCCACAAGCCGAGAUGAAUGCAUGCAAAUGCCCGUAUACUACACAGAUGGCCGCGUUUGUAACUGCCAAUACUGCGUAUCGACAAUGUUCCCCGACGCCCUGUACAGCCGCGCGCAUUCUCUCUCCAUGAAACCGCUGGACUCGCCAAUGUGCAGGCUCAAACAAGAGCGAUUCUCGCCAAGUCUAACAGCCGCUGAAGAAAGCAACAGGGCGCAUGCCCUCUUUCCAUUCUCCUUACCGCUGACGUCGUCUCCUACACUGAUGACGUCACAUGCGUUGGCGGCUUCACACGAGGAAGACCGACGGCCGAAGACGAAACGAUUUCAGUGCGUACAUUGCGAUAAGUCAUUCGGAAAGUCGUCGCAUCUACGAGAUCACAUUCGGACACACACGGGCGACCGACCUUUUCGCUGCCAGUACUGCAAUAAGGCGUUCACCCAGUACUCCAAUCUAAGAACACAUACGAGGAUUCAUACUGGGGAAAAGCCAUUCAAGUGCCAACAUUGCUCCAAAAGCUUUACCCAGGCUGUCACUCUACGGAGCCAUACACGGACCCAUACUGGCGCUAAGCCGUACAACUGCAAGCGAUGCAGUAAAUCCUUCUCCUGCUUCUCGGGACUUCGAGGGCACAAUAGAAUUCACGCGGACGUUGAAAGCUCAAAACUUGAGCUCGAUUUGUCAAAUUGAAAGACUUGGAAGAAAACUCUGUCGUCACGCAAGGACACAUCUUGCGUUAAAUAAAUGGUCACGCUAUCAGCCAUAUAUUGUCACUUUGGUCGCACAAAUUUUUAGGAGGAUUCUUUAGGGCGUUAACCAUUGCGCAAACCUAAACGGAGACUAAGACCGGGCAAAGAGACGUCUUCAAAUUUGCAGUGAAAAGAAUUAGAUAAUAAAACUAAAAAUGGUAAUAAUAAUCAGCUUCUUUACCUGAAAAAAAACUUUCUUUCACAUGUAGUCAUUUAAAGUAAUAUCUAUGUGAGUGUUACUUUUCCUGGAAAUAUUUCUCUUACCCCCUAAUGUAUAAGAUAAAUACCAAUGACGGCUUUUCGUGUACUUCAGGAAAAAAAUGGUUGUUCGCAAUUUAAAACAAUUGCUAAUCAUUUCCUAUUUCAUAUUGAAACAUUUCUUUAGAAAUGAACUGUUCUGAUCUUUAUCUUUGAGCCUUCAAAAUCCUCAUAAAAGCUACAAAUUAAGUAAAUGUAAAUAGGCGCGAUCAUAAUAAAAUGAAAUAUUACACUUGAA